UCAGUGACUUAUAGCGGUACUUCCGGACUGUGGCUGGCAUUUUGACACUGAGGGCAACUGACUUGGUGUCACUGACAUCCCCAGUGACACCAAUACAGUGAUCAGUGCUAAUAAAAAGCAUUGACACUGUACUAAUGGCCCUGGGCAGGAAGGGGUUAACAUCUGGGGCGAUCAAAGGGUUAACCGUGUGCUGUUUUACAUUAUGUCCUGUGUGUUUGCUUCACUGUAAGCACACUGCUGUGUAUGGCUCUGCUAUGCAGAGCCAUACACAGCAGUGUGCAGGAGCUGACAGGGGAGAGAACUGUAUUGUUUACAUAAGAGUUUUCUUCUUCACCCAUUGGUGCCGGUGAGUAAUCACCAGCCGAGACCCAGGGAUUGACAGCCAAGGCCGCG